UUUCGUUUCAACAUGCGUUUUGCUUUCGGAUGUGGUAACUAAAGGAGGAAAUAAUUAUGUAUGGAGGUUUGAUACCAAUUCAUAGAGAAUGUCACAUAUAAUUUCCAUUUCCAGUUUGUUUCUGUUUAAGACCUGUCCUCCCCUUGGCCGCCUGCAAGGUCUCCCUUGAGUAGCUUAUCAUUUGAAAGGAACGUGUCCAGCUCAGUAUGGUUGGACUGUACAACCCUUAACCGGUAAAUAGAACCGGUUUGAUUUCUUCUGAAAACCAUAACGGCUACUCACACAGCAAGGAUCAACAUGAAGAUUGUUGUGUUAUGGGCUGUUUUCUGCGUAUUUUGUAUUCGCGCUAUCAAUGGCGGGCGUCGAUUUAAACACCAAAGUCGAGGUAACGACGUUGAUGACAAUGCUGAAUGGGAACUGAAUUCCAGAGGACUCUUGUCACAUAUUGUCAAUCUCGAUGUCCUGCCUGACGUCAGUGUUGCCGAAAACAGCAAAGGGCAGAUAAUCGUGAAUCUUCGGGACACUUCGGUUGCUUCCGGGUGGCAAACAGGAUGGUAUUUGAUGAGCACCAAUGUCCGACAAAGGCAUGGAUUAGAGUUCAAACGCGUCGCCAUUGUGAGGAAAAUAAAACGCGUAAAUAUCGUCAGUCAUACAAAAGUCAAGAUUGAAGGCAUCGACGUCAGCGCCUUAGAUCUACUUCAGGAAGCACAGGUGUUUCUCAAAUAUCCCCACUUAACCAAUAAACAUGGUCAUCGUCAGAAAAGAUUCGUGUCCAAUCUUCUCUCUAAAGUUUUGGACAAAAUCAACUUCCAUGCCACCGAUGGCGAUGAGUCCAUCAACUUUAACUUUGAUCCCAAGACAAAUCACUCAAUCCAUACAUACAAUGUAUACAAGGAGCAGGGUAACAAGGAGGUCAAGGUCGAAAAGAUCAGCAAAGGUAAAACUAGUGCCAUUCCUCGAGAUGUUGACUUUCGCCUCACCUGCAAGGAUUGUUUUGAAGUGAGACACGUUGGGCAUACAAUGCAACUUGACGUUGAGAGACGAAACAAGACAGCUUUUGUCAAGAAAUUCCUUAUGCAGGGCGACGUCGGUACAAUUUACAACGUUGCCUUAGACGUUGACUUCAGAAAAGCCGUCGGCGUCAAGGAAAGACUUAUCUUAGACAAAACUCCCACAACGAUAUUACGGACUAUUCCAGUUGCAACGGUGAAUGAGAAACUACCAGCCAUACAACUAGUUAUCUCAUAUUACAAAACUGUAUAUUUAGACGUCAACGCAACAUCUGAUGGACCAGUCAACUUCAGUGGAAAAUAUCGUGUACAAGGAAAUUAUACUGCAACCUCAUCUGAAGCAUCAGGGCAGAUUCCGAAAACGGAGUUGACUACAACUGGCUGGUCAUUACCAGGCCAUUCAUUCAGCGGGCAUUCCGCAAACAAGUAUAACUUUUCGAUGUCCCUUUAUCAAGAGGUUACUCUACAAGCUUCUGUUCAGUGGUCUCAGCAUGAUGUUUCCCUUGUGUUCACGCCGCCGGAAGUUGCAAGUUUCAGACCUGUCCUGUACGCCCGAACUACCGAGGAUGAAUACAGUCGCUGUGAAACAGCCACGCUUACAGUUGAUGGGAUGUUUACCCACGACAAGUCAGAUUUUGUGGCUAAAGCUUUCCAUAAAACCAUAUGGGACCUGGGCUUAGUAGACACGUCCGUCAUUCGCAAGUCAUUGGUUAACGACACUCUCUCCACUGUCUGUUCCGCAAAUUGUGGUCCUCCAGUCGCUGAUGUUCAUGGGAAGACCAUGGCAAACAUUUGUGGUGCAGCAGGCCACGCGAUCGUUAGAGGAGAUAGCAAUUUUAAGAAAUUAACCUUGAUUGGAGGCGAUUUCAUCCUAUUCCGAUCAGAAGAAAAGGACAGUGCCACCUGGUGUGGAACGUCAAAGCGGCCAUGUCAUAAAUGUGUGUGGAGUGAUAAUGGCGACAGCGAGACUGAUGCUUGUGCAGACAGACUGAUGACGUCAGCAGCAGCAGCAGCGUUGACUACCCUAGGCCAGUUUGCCGCACAGGAAUGGCCAAACCGGAAACUGGUGGUGCUUGAAGCAUGGGAUGAACCAACAUCGGAUCAUCCUCACGGAAGUCAUGGCGCUGCCUCACUUCACUAUUCCGGAAGAGCUUUACAGGUGGCGCUGACAACUGAAAACCCGAGUAAAUCUAAACCUCUGCAGUUGGAAAAGUCAGCCCCAGUGUUGAAGAGAUUGGCGGAACUAGGUGCCUGCGCUGGGUUCCCUUUCUUUGAUGCCACUUCCGAUCAUGUGGAAUUCUGCGUUCAUGAUGGUUCAACGCCUCAAAAAAGAUCAAGGCGAUCGGCCAUCGGACCUUCUGGAGACAGUUUGGAGAAAGGGUCGUUUCUAAGAACAAUAAAUGAAACUGGGCUUAAGUCUGGUUCUACUGUUUGUAAGCAGGGAGUGAACCAUCAUCAGGUUCAAGUGCUUUCCCACGUCAUCAACCCCCCAUUGAGAGAACAUGAUUUACAAUAUAGACUAAUUCAGUAUCCAUAUGAAGACGUCAUAUUCAAGCCCGAGGGAUCAUCAUCGGCAACAUGCUAUCAGUCGACCAGGAGAUGCAAAAGCACGUGCAAGUGGUCUGACAGUACGGAACCCUGGGAUUGGUGUCAGACGAGGGUCAUGACCCCAAGAAUGGCGAUACGUCUACGACGAAUGGCCGCUAUUGUUAACCAUCAUCAUUCAGGUACAAAAUUAAGUGUGUCAAAGCCAUCCCUUGCAGUUCAUCAAGGAACAUCUGAUGGCAUCAUGCUUGAAAUGAAUGGGAGGAAGCUCAAGAUUUCUACACAAUCAGGCACAACACCGCCAACAUUCGAGCUCCGCUCUAUGGCAAACUGUGCAGGCUUUGACUUCGUAGACACCUCCAAGUCUUCAUCCAUUGACGUCUAUGUAAAGCUGCAAGACGGCUACAGGGCAACUGUUGUCCCGUUCCAGGCUACUACUUUGUUAGCUGUAGGGGUCAAGGACGAAGACUAUGCCUACCCCACUGAAUUGAAGGACGAGUCUAGAAAGUCUUUACUGUUUGAUGGUUUCAAUAAGGACGUAGCACUCUCGCAACACUUUAAGAUAUCUGAUUUCAAGCACUCAGAGAGGAGGUUCUUCAGACUCGAUACAUCCCUGGUUGACUGUCUAGAGAUGGUGGUAAAUGAUCUUGGAAAAGAAAUCAGAGUCAUUCAAAAUUCUGCUUACAGGUCCCAUUCCAUCAACAUGCGUGACGUUGACCAUAGACAUCCUCAAGAAAAGUUCAGAUUCGAAACAGGGCAAGCUAUGUAUGUCACGCCAAUCGCAGACCAAUCAACAGAGGUCCUUGUAAAUAUUGGACAAGCGUUUCUGAGAAGCUGUUCUCCAACGCUUCGACUGCAAUCACGUGGCCUUGGCAUUGGUUGUCAUAGUGAUAAAUUAUACAUCGACAUUCGACCAAUGACUUCUGGUGAUGUUCGUGACAUAGCUGAUGUGUGGGAUGCGGGAAAUAAGGCUUUCUUUGACAUCAUGCAUAAAACGAUGAACGAACUCAGAAAAGGGGGGCCAGCAAUAUAUCCGUUGAACCAAAGGAGGACAUGUAAAACGCCGCGGCUUGGUGAACAAUUCGCAUACUACUCCUUCAACACAUAUUCAAUUGGGUUCUGUUUCCACGACCGGGAGAGCCCCUUCUGUCGCGAGACCACAGAAUACAGACGGCAUCAGGCCAACAAACUCCGAGAUGACCUGAUGAAAGUUGCAGGGACCACGAUGACCAGGAGUUCGAUAGAAGCGGAUCUUCAGAAGUGUGUUCUGGAGAACUGUGGAGGCUGUCCUGGGAAAGGAACAACAUGGAAUAAGAAAGUGAGUGGAUGCGUGGGCAUGGUUCACACUUUUCUGACGCUUGCCAAAAACCAGUUCAAAGAUGUAGUUGACAAGGCUGCCUUCUUCAACAUCGACAACGCUGAAUCAAGUGUUCACUCUCUGGCGUGUCAUGACGGCAAUGUAUGUGUGGAGAACACGCAGCUAUAUUCUCUAAUAAUGCCUCUGAUGAACUCCAAGUACCAGCCUGACCCACAACAGAGCAGAGAGGAGUUGUUGUACAGCGGCGAUGACAACCCCUUGCCGCUGGUAUCUCUGGUUGAACAAGAGUUUGCAAGACAGGUGUCUGGCGUUGUGAAGGUGUAUAUAGAGUCUGAGGCAGACAUGGCCAGUAUGAGGGAUGUAAUAAAGAUCCUGAUGAUCUACAACAGGGACGUGACUGAGGUGGAGUUCCAUCUGACGGACACGGUGGACCAGGACAACGUCGUGUCCGCCCUGCAGAGGAAGCUGGAGUACUGGUCGGGGACGGCAUGCCCCAGGCGGAGUCGGUUUGCUGUGGCUGGUUUCAGCAUCCAUGACAUCCCCCAUCACAGGAGGAAGAGGAGUCUGGAAAGGAGCAGGGGCAGGAACAAGGUGAAGAAGGCCAUGAAGGAGUGGGAGCUGGACUGGAUAAAGAAGAUGUGAACUGACAAACAUAUUUUCGGAUUAUAGAUGUGCCGAUGACAUUCAAUAUCCAGAGAAGGACGUUUAGAUGUUUAGAGUGUUAUGGUGAUGCAUUUGUGAUUAGACUUCAUGGUUCGUGACAACGCUGAACCAGAUUAAUGAAUACAUUGACACUUACCAAUGAUCUUUAGUGACUCUUGACAUUGUGUGAUGCUUUUAGACCUACCUUCGAUAUUCUUAUCCGAGAUGAAAUACUUUCAGAUAUCAGUGAAGAAUGGUUAUAUCUGGUAUAUAUCGUGAAUAACUAAUAAAAUACAUUGACAAUA